AUGUCGCUUUACAGCACCAGCACUAUAAACCGUGCCACCUCAAACUCCAGUGUUGGGGGAGCAACAUGCAGUGUCUCGAGUCCUGAAUGUUAUAAGAAAAGUACUCAACCUGAUGAGGAUUUUAUAUGUGAAUGGGUGGAUCAAGACAAUUCUAAGGAUGUAAAUUAUACUCUUUUUAUGCAGAACACGGACAGGAUUUGUUCCUCAUACAAUAGUAAUUUCUAUGCUAAAGGAAAACGGUUGCAAUUACCUUUGGAAGAUCUACGCAUAACAUGUCUGCUGGAUAUUUGGGUGCAAAAGCGAGUAGGCCAAAUGACCUGCAACUCUGAAAACACCUCUGUGGUCCUUAGUAAUUCCGUCAAAUAUAAUCCACCUAUUGUAAUAACAGUGAGAAAUGCUGGAAAUCUCACAUUAAGCUGGGCCAGACCGAACGAUAACAAGGGUGCUAUUCAUAAGAUCAGAUGGAAGAAGAUUAAUGGUUCAUGGCAAAAUGAAAUCUUUGCGACUUAUGACAGAGUAAAUAAAGAUAACUUAGAGACAUACACAAUGCAGCUAGAGAAGGAUGCAGCGUACCAGGUCCAAGUUCGGCGGAAGGAAAAACAAAGCCUUCUGUGGAGUGACUGGAGUCAGAUGCAUGACAUUCCCAUUGAAAUUAAACCACUUGAUGUCAAGUGGAGAGAAGAAAAGCUUUAUGCAGGAAGACGGAAAAUCAUACUUUAUUGGGAUAAACCACCUCGUGAAGCUUCUUUUGGAGGUCUUACAUACAAACUGACUCUACAUCUACCUUGCCAAAACAAAACUGCAACCACUAACAUUACGUCUUUUGAAAUGUUUGUGACUUAUUCUGGUGCCAGGGUGUCAUUUGUUGCAACCAACAAUGUGGGGAGCGUAUCCUCUAAGCAGAUCACCAUUCCUCCUGUUAAACAUUUACAGUACUGUCCCACAGAUACACUACAAGAAAUCCAACCCAAAAAACAAUACUGCUUAGAGUGGUAUGAGCUUAGAGAUGCCAUAAACAAACUUGCACAUAAUAAUUCAGAAAUAGAAAAAUUCGUGCGGCAUUACUAUUUUCUUCACACUGGGAAAGAUCAACAUCGAGCCACAGAAAUCAUGUGUCAAUUUUAUUCUACUGAAGGCAAACCUGCUAAAAGUCCACAAAAUGUGACAAUUUCAGAUAUUAAACAGGAUUCAGCUACGCUGUCAUGGAAAUCUAUUCCUGUGCAGGACCAGCAUGGCUUCCUAAAGGACUAUGUUAUAUGGAUCUCAAGAAAAGGUCAAACAGAUACAACUUAUCAAGUACCAGCAAAUCAAACUAGUUUCCCUCUUAAAAAUCUUGAGGCAAACAUUUCUUACACAGUUUAUAUGGCUGGGAAAACUAAAAUCGGAGCAGGACCUAAAAUCAACGUGACCUUCACAACCAUCUCUUCUGCUGACAAUGGAUUACUAAACAAGAUCAUUACAAGUCUGUGUGGAUGUUUACUUUUACUUUCAAUUGUAUUCUCCAUUGCUAUUAGAAGGCUACGGAAUAAGCUGUUGCCAGCUAUCCCAAGUCCAGUGAUCACUACAACAGCUAUUCAUCUAGAUGCCCAGAAUAUGAAAUCCGUGACUGAGGAAGUGCAUGAUGUCAUUCUUCUGCGCCACACUGAUCAGCCUAAACAAAAACAGCACACUUUACUACAAGACUGUGAGAGCAGUGUUAAUGACCACGAGGAGGAUGAAAUAGCUGAAACUCUUUUUACUUCUUUAAUCAUUCGUAAUUCCUAUCCGAACCCUAAUUAUAAAGGACAAACCAUCACAUUUUCUGAGCUUUUGGAGGUAGCAGAUAAAAGUGAAGAGGAAACAUGUGAGGUCAGCACACCCUUAUACAAAAAUGGCCUGUUUUUUGACAGUAGAGGGUCAGAAAGUGAAGAAACAUCUGUGCAAUUAUAAAAUGUGGUUAGUAAUAAACACUGCUGGAGCACUACAGUCUAAAACCUCUGGUAAAACUAUCA